AUGCCUGGGUGCUGCUGUGCACCGAACUGUCGAUCGAACUACGCACAUGGACCGCGAGCACGUGUGUACAGGUUUCCGUUGGACCCCGCCCAAAAUGCAGCGUGGACGAAGGCUGUGCGGCGGGAAAACUUCACACCUACGAAGUACACUGUGGUCUGUGAGCACCACUUUCUUGAAAGUGACUUCGUAGACUCCACCAGCUACACUGACAGCAUGACUGGGAAAGUAAUUGAAGUACCCCUCAAGCUGAGGCGCUUGAAGCCUUCUGCAAUCCCAAGCGUUUUCCCUAAUUGCCCUGCUUACUUGUCCCGCCAAGAAACUUCUGCACGCGAGAGCCCAGAAGAAAAGCGCGCUCGUGUGGACGCAGAAGCGUUGCAGGGAGCAAUACGGUUAUCAGAGCAGUCUCACGAAGCGGAAGAAAAGAAGAAUGUCAUCGCCACUUUCGAAGACCUAUUGACAGCAGUAGGUGACGUCUCUCUUACUGACUUCUGGACCAAGGUGGUCACCCAGAAACAAGUACUUUUCCUCAACUUCAGCGACCAAGGUGCCCCAGUUGUGCAUCGUGCAGUGACAGUGGCAUCCGACCUUUCUUUGGCAGUGUAUGUUGGUGAAAUGAGGUUACAAAACCUAGGUUCCUCUGUGCUUCCUAUGACAAUUUCUGACUUGAGAGUGCUUCACAAAGUUCUGUGCGAUGUGGAAGACGUCACGAAGGAUUCCACAAAUAGUGAACUCCAACUAGAGAUUCUGCUGAAGCGUGUCGUGGCACUCCUGGAGCAACUGUCAUCUUCAGCUCUCCCGCAUGAGUGGCAAGUGCAAGUCGUCAAAUUUGUGACACAGCAACUUCAAGUUCUCCUCACUAAGGCGUCGACUUACCCAGCUGACUUUCUGGUGUUCUGCAGCCUUGUGUACACAAUAUCACCGCACGCAUACAGAUUCAUCAGGAGUACUGCAAAAUUAAAGCUCCCACAUCCACAGACAAUAAGACGCAUUUGUGCCUCUUACCGUGCUAGCCCAUCCAGAGAGCAACAAGAGGAUUCAUUCCUUUCUUAUGCAAGGAGACUGGCAUCAACACUAAAAGACCAUGAGCGCUUUGUGAUGCUUAUGAUGGACGAGAUCCACCUGCAGGCAUCCUUUCAGUACAAGGGUGGUUAUGUCACUGGUGCAGCGACAAACAAUGAAAAUGCGGCAAAGACAGCAUACGUCUUUAUGAUACAAAGCUUGUUAUCAUCAAACAAGGAUGUUGUGCAUAUACUUCCAGUAGCACAAAUAGAAGCGAAACAGCUACAUGAAUUUCUUGAUCUGCUGAUCAGGCACCUAGAAGACAUUGGAAUACGAGUAGUUGCAGUGGUGUCUGACAACAACUCGACCAACCGAAAGGCUAUGUCAUUUUUUGCUGAUCCUCCCAAAGUGAGCAUUGUAUACAGGCACCCGUCAGACUCAUCAAGACCCUUGUUUUUUAUUCUGGAUGCAGUGCAUAUAUUAAAGUGUAUCCGAAAUAACUGGCUGAAUCAGCGUAAUUGUGGAAGGUGCAUCUUCUUUCCCAAUUUCAGUGCAAUCUCGGAAAACCCAUCUGUCCUGACAGCCUCGUUUAACACACUAUGCAAGUUGCAUGAAGGAGAAAAAAAUGAGCUUUUGCGACUAGCUCCAACUUUGUCCUUCAAGUCGCUGAAUCCAUUCAAUCUAGAGCGACAAAAUGAGAUGGACUCCCGCUCGUUUUAUGGGAAAAGGGGGCUUCGUACGCGCUUGCCACCUGAAGACAAAAGUGAUGACAGCUGUCUCAGUGACAGCGAAGACGACGAUGUUGUUCCCUAUCAUCAUACACAAGCUCGAGUGUCUUCAUCUAGCAGUGAGGAUGAAGACGAAGAUGCGGUAGAUGAACCAAGUGCCUCUCGAAAGCGUGCGGUGCGAUGGAAAAAAACCGGUUGUCAAGAACAGCGAGAAGUACCACCCUGGGAAAGUGCUCUUCCUGAGGCUGACACUGUACGAGCUCCUAUCGAAUAUUUCAAGGACUUUUUUGAUGACAACUUCAUGGAUCACAUCGUUGAGCAGAGCAAUGUGUUUGCGAUGCAGAAAAAUCCUAACAAAGGACUUGCUCUGUCUCGUGAUGAGCUAGAUCAAUUUCUCGGCACCGUCACAUUCAUGUCGAUCUGUCGACUCCCAAGAAGUCGGCUAUACUGGGCGGCCGAGUCCAGGGUCCCCACGGUGGCCGACACGAUGUCACGUGAUCGCUGGGAGGCAAUCAAAGCAAAUUUGCAUUUUAACAACAAUGAUGACAUGUCGCCACCAAAUGAUCCACACAAGGACCGUCUUUUCAAGGUUCGGCCAGUUAUUGACUUCCUCCUGCCGAAAUUUCAAGGUAUCCCAAAAACACAAGCCCUGUGCGUUGACGAGCAAAUGGUACCGUUCAAGGGACGCUCAAGCCUCAAGCAAUACAUUCCCAGCAAACCCCACAAAUGGGGUUACAAAGUUUUUCUGCUGUGCGACCCACAGGGCAUGGUGCACUCUUUCGAAAUAUACACAGGAAGGAUUGAUGCUGUCCCUGGGGAGCCCGACAUUGGUGCCAGUGGCAAUAUAGUCCUCAAGCUUUCGCAAAACAUUCAGCCAGGACUGAACCAUCUUCUUUUCUGCGAUAAUUGGUUUACGUCCCUGAAGCUCUUUAGCUCAUUAUCAAAAAAAGAUGUCCACUGUCUUGGCACAGUCCAUGCUAAUCGACUGCAAGGUUGUCCUCUGCCUUCUGAUGCAAGCCUCAAGAAAAAGGGCCGAGGAUCCUUCGAAGAAUUCGAGACGGUGGUUGAUGCCACAAAACUAAUUGCACUCAAGUGGUACGAUAACCGAGCGGUCACAACGUUGAGCACGUUCGCAGGUGCCGAGCCAGUUACGUCUGUUGGCAGGUGGGAACGCUCAAAAAAGAUGACCGUACAGGUUGAAUGCCCAAGUGCGGUCAGCAUCUACAACAAGUUCAUGGGAGGCGUGGACCAGCUGGAUGCACUGAUUGCAUAUUACAGAAUCCAUGUAAGGUCCAAAAAGUUUUACCUUAAGAUUUUUUUUCAUUUUGUAGAUAUGGUCGUCGUCGCCUGGCUGCUUUACAGACGUGACUGUGAUGCAGUAGGCGUUCCUACCAAGCAGCAGAUGGACCUCCUCAAGUUCAAGUUCUACAUUGCUACCUGGUUGAUGAAGGAGAACAAGGACACUGCAACGAAAAAAAGGGGCAGGCCGUCCUCAUCUGUGGAAUCGCAGCUUGAGUGCAAGAAAAAAAGAGGGCCCAUGAAACCCGUGCCAGUCGCUAGUGUCCGCACGGACAUGUCCUACAUGUAG